GUAUGUCAGCCUCGGUUGUAAAGCGAGCAUAUCCAUCAGUGCUAAGGGCAUUUACUAUGAGAUAGGCUCGCAUUGUCUGGUGCAUAAUCAUAAUUUUCACUUGGGGAAUCCAAGUUUGUACGUGGGUAACCGGCGUCUGACUCCCGAGGCGGAGCGGCAAGUGUUUGAUUUAAUGCAGUCCUUCCGUAAUACCGGAGAAUUGCGAGACUAUGUCCUGGAAAGAUAUAACAAACGACUGAAUCGACAGGACCUAUUUUCCAUCCGCCAUCGCUUAGGUGGGGUAUCUAAGGGGAAUGAUGUAAACGCGGUAGCGGAAUUGUUGAGUAAGAACGGCGCUGUGCGUGUCGAAAGAGAUGGGUCACAAGUGCGAUUCGUAUUUUUCGUUCCUGCUUCAAUGACUUCCAUAGCGGCGAAAUACGGCGACGUACUUCUUGCGGAUGCGACGCAUCAGGUGAACUGCGGUGGUUAUGUUCUUUGGCACUGUAUGGUGAUUGACGGUUUCGGCGUAGGUCGCAGCGUGUUUUACGCUUUAAUGCCCAACGAGACAGCAUGCAGUUACCUGGAGGUUGCUCGGGGCAUGUCGGAAAUGUUGCCCACCACCUUGUCAGCGAAGACUAUAGUCAUGGAUAG